AUGCAAGAAGUGGAUACAUAUUUAACUAUAAAGCGGGGUAAAAACAUUGAAAAUUUUAUAAACAAAGAUAUGCAGGAUAAAAAGAAAGAAGAAAUAACAAGAAAUAGGCUUUGCUUACUAAGAAUAAUUGAUCUAAUUUGUUUCAUUGCGAAACACGGAAUUGCUUGUAAGGGGAAAAAUGAGAAUGAAUAUAAUCUAACAGAUGAUGAUACAAAAGGAAAAGGAAACUUCCUGGAGCUAGUUUUACUAUUGGCAAAAUAUGACGAUAUAUUAAAACAUCAUGUGGAUAUGGCAGCUAAGGACGUAUUGUCAAGAAAAGAAAAGUAUAAAGACAGCUGUGGCCGAGAGAUAGAAGGUGAAUUAUUGUCGCUGAAAGAACUUGAAACCCGAUACAACACGGAAGAAAAUAAAGAGUCGGAGGAGGAAGAAGAUAGUGAAAAAGAAGACGAAGACAUUGAAAAGGACAUUAAAAAGCGUAAAAAAAGUCACGACUCUCCACAAAUAGCAGGAGAUUUAAAAAAGUCUAAAAAUAAUUACGUCACAAAGACAAAGUAG